CCCAUCACUUACCAAUUCCCCUCCCUCUUUUUAUAUCCAUUAAUCCUGUGUGUUUUCUUCCCAUGCAUCAUCAGCUUAAUAUGGAGAACACUAACAAUUCUUCACCACCAAAGUAUUUGAAGAAUAGUCCAUACAACACCCUGCAUUCUACUGUUAGAGGAGUGGGGAGAUCCAGUAGUCAACCCCAACGGUUCUUCAGCCUUCAUUCUCAGUCUAAAGGACAGCAACAGGAGAAAGUUCAUGAUAAGUCCAAGGCUACCCAAAAGCUUCCCACGAAAGAACAAACUAAGCCAUUGGAAAUCAUGCUUCAUACCCAACUGCGAGCAGCUAGGCGUGCAGGAUUCAAUAAUAUGGUUGCAGCAAAGAUGUAUCUCAUAGAACGACAGAAACAAAUAACAGAGAGGGUUCAAAAGAUGAUAGAAGAAGAAGAGGUUCGGUCAUUGAGAAAAGAAAUGAUCCCAAGAGCCCAAUUAAUGCCUUUCUUUGAUAGGCCCUUCUUUCCACAAAGGUCAACAAGGCCUCUGACUGUUCCCAAGGAACCAAGUUUUAUUCGUAUCCUGAAUAGCAAAUGCUGCCUCUCUAGCAAUGAGCUCGACGGUUUUGAUAAACUCAGAAGCAAGCUAUGAAGCAACCAAUCACCAAUGGCUAAGGAACAAAGUUCUAGCAAUAUAGUAUUGCAUUUUCGAUUGUGGUACUUUCAUGGUCUUUGGGCAGUGGUGAGAGAUAUAGUGAGUGUUUUUUGAAUUCUCGAAUUUAGUAAUUUUGUAGAGGUUGGCAGUGGAGAAAGUUGAGUAUUGUAAUUCUAUGGAUUUAAGUAAUUGAUAUUUUUAGGAUAUAUAAUAAAAUUAAACACAUGUUUGAGUGA